GGUUGACUCAAAACAUUAAUCUUUAAAUUUAUGUUCUGUGAAUACAAAUUGUUUGUAGAGUUGAUUGUUGUAUUAUGGUUAUAUUCAUUACUUAAUAAAUGAUUUAAUGUCAGUUAGUGUUGUGAUUUGAUAUUAAUCGGUCGUGUUGUGACAACUAUGUCGACGGUAUUACUAGCUGCCGUAGCUGUCAUCAUAUGCAUUCUUUUCCGAAUUUUAAAUGUAAACAGUGAACCACAAAAGCCUUCGAUAUGGUGCUGUGAUAAUAAGUUUUUGAACAACAUUCAGAAAAUAGCACCAAUUCUUAAUGAACAAUAUAUACCAACUAGACUUUGGGGAUUCAGCGGUCACGUUCAAACUAUUCUUCAUAGCAUCAUAGGAAGAGUAAAAUGUCCUUGGCCCAUCGGAGAAAGAGUUUUUCUAACACUUCAAGAUGGCACGACAUUGACGUACGACAUAUACCAACCGAUUGACACUCAUUUUCAAGAUGAUGUUAGUAUAGCAAUUUGUCCUGGAAUCUGCAAUACAUCUGAAAGUAUCUACGUUCGCACAUUUGUUCAUUGGGCACAAUAUCACGGUUAUAGAUGCGUCGUAUUGAAUCACGUUGGUGUAUUGAAAAACGUUCCCGUUACAGGUCCCAGAAUCUUUAGUUAUGGCGAUUCUGAAGAUUUUCAAGCGAUGAUAAGAAACAUAGUAGUUAGAUAUCCAGAGACAAAAGUUGUUUGCGUCGGAUUCAGUUUAGGCGGUAAUCUAAUUACAAAAUAUUUGGGAGAAGACAAACCGAAACCUCCCAAUGUUAUCGGAGGAAUAUCAAUCUGUCAAGGAUAUUGUGCUUUAGAGGGUUCCAAAUAUAUGCUUAGUUGGCAGAACUUUAGAAGAUUUUAUCUUUAUGUAAUGACGGAAAAUUUGAAGAACACCAUAUUAAGACACCGCAAAACGUUAUUGUGCGAAGAAUUGAAGAAACGUUUCAAUUUGAACGAACACGAAAUCGUAUCUGCCGCAACGUUACCAGAACUAGACGAAGCAUACGGAAGGAGAGUAUACCAGUUCAAUACAAUUUCGGAUUAUUAUAAAUGGAGUUCAAGUAAAUAUUACUUUGAAAAAAUUCAAGUACCGAUGAUCUUUAUAAAUGCCAUCGAUGAUCCAAUCAUACCAGCACCAUUACUGGAACCAGUUAAAAAAUUAGCAAUGGAAAAAAAUAAUACAGCAUACAUUGAAGUAGUGCAUGGAGGUCAUUUGGGUUUCUACGAAGGUGGACUGAUAUAUCCAAAUCCGGUAACUUGGCUCGACAGAUCGCUUGUGGCUUUAGUCGGUUGUUUGACACUUACUUCGGAUGAAAUGUCGUUGAAAUCACGUCACUCCUUAGAAAUAUGAAAUGUAUUUAUGAAAAAGAAAAGAAAGGACAUGCUUGUAGCUUUCAUAAAAAACAAAUAACUAAUGGGGCGUUAUAAGAGCUUUGAUAGUUUUGACUAUUUACACACAAAAGUCUUUAACAUGAUUUUUUUUCUCCAAUUUUUGUUAACUGUUGACAUUUUGUGGGUAAAUCAUUUACAAUUACGGAUUGUAUUCGAUGUGACUUAUGUAAGAUAACACAUUUUUCAGAUACAUAAAUAAAUAGUUAAUAAAUUGUUUGUAUAUUUAAUUUAUGUCUAUUUUCAAUUUAUUUAAUCACUACUAUACUAGCUUUGAAAUGGACAAUGUAUGUGUACAUCCCUCAAGAUUGCAUAGUCGAAUAUUAUUCAGUGACAAUAUAAAAUUUCCAUUCCAUAGAUAUUCGACAUGCUUAUUAUUAAUAACACUGGUCAACAAAAUUUUAACUUCUUUUUGUCACCGGUAACUUAUACCAAAUUUUGAAUGUACCAUGGCCACCAAACAAUAAUAUAUCAAUUGAAAAAUAUUGACACAUUUGGUUUCUGGUAGGUCCCUUUUAAGUCCCCAACAAUAAUCUGCUAGUAUUCCUGGACUUUUUUCCCUUGAUAACGCUCUUUUAAUAAGGAAAUGUCCUGAUGAAAACUUUCGCCUUGUUCCUCCCUCACAGCACUCAAAUUCUCGGGGAAGAAAUCCAAAUGAGAGUACAGGAUAUGUAUUUUUAAAGACAUAUUACAUUCCAAAACUUUGUAUUUAUGUUUCCUAGGAAAUUUUAGACAACAUUUACAAAAAAUUGCCAGGUGACUUUUUCCAGAUCAUUUAACUUUUCUUUAAAGUUUGUAUUCUUCAUUAGUUAAUGUAUUUGUGGACCAAUAAAUAUUCCCUCUUUAAUUUUUGCCUCGCUGAGUUUGGGAAAAUUCUCUUUCAGGUAUUAGAAUCUAUUGCCAUCUUAUGCAUAGCUUUUACAAAAUGUUUCAUCAGGCCGAGCUUUAUAUGCAACUGUAGUAAAAGUAUGUCGUCAGGGUUCAAUAAAGAAUCAUUUUUAAUAUUCUUCUGUCAUUGAGUAAGUUACAAUUACAUUUUCUGCCUCCGCUGUUCCAUUCGCAAAUGAAACAGCAAAAUUUUGUGCAUCCAAGCUGUAGCAUAAACAAAAAAAGCAAUGAUUUUAAAAUCUCCACAAAUUUUCCAAACAUGUUUAUUGUAUUUAAUUUUUUCAACAAGGAACUUUGUGUUCUCGUAAGUCUCUUUCCAAUCACCAGUGACUUGGAUAAUAUUCAACAUUCAAUAAAUUCAUCACUACAAGAUAGUUAAUACAAAAGAUUAAUUCAUCUGCUUUAGAAAAGUAAGGUUUCAUUCCAUUGUCACGAUGUGGGAAAUAAGAAAUUUUCGUACCAGGAGAAAGUAAAUUCCAGUCCUUUAAUCUAAACUCCAAAAGCUCAGAUUGUUUUAAAACAAAUUCAAAACACUUACUAAAUCGUUUAAAUCACUUUCACAGUUCAUAAUUUGGGUCACUCUCUUGAGAUACCUUAUGGGGUUAACUAAGAAACAGAAUUCUGAAUUUAUGCUUGAUUUGGAGGCUUUGGCACAGGCAGUUGAGCAUUAUUUAUGAUUGAUCUGUUGGCUGAAGACAAGUUUGGGUACUGGACAGUGUGUUUGGACUUUAUGCUUGAUUUGGAGGCUUUGGCACAGGUAGUUGAGCAUUAUUUAGGAUUGAUCUGUUGACUGGUGACAAGUUUGUAUACUGGACAAUGAGGGUACAUCAAAACAAAUAAAAAUCAUCACAAAGUUCGUGUGAGAGAAACAGUGUUUACCAGUGUAAUUAUUUAAAUCUCCUAAAAAUUUUUGUGAAAUCACUUUGAACUAAAUUAAUAAGAACAAAAAACAGAGAAGAAGAAUCAAAUCAAUACUUAUACUAAAUAUUGUGUAUAGGGUGAAUAUUAGUUUCUGAAACAUUCCUCACUUAAAAAUACAUCAUUUAUUCAUCUUUGAGAACAAAUUUUUCUUUUAGGUUAAUUAUUAUAAUGUGAAAAGUAACUCCUGUUAUUAUUAGCAUUUUCCAUUAUUUGUAUAACUAUUUUUAAAUUUAUUGGUCAUAUCUUUUACAAUCUGAAUCAGUGUACAAUUUUGCAUUACAAGUAUUUAUAUAUGUAAAUCUAAUCAAAAAUCCCUUCUUUGAUCGUGAACCCCUCAUCAUUUUCAUACAUACAAUAAGAUGUAUAAAAUAAAAAACGUCAAAAAUGAAAUGAAUGAGUAGCAAGAAAAAACAAAAUGAGCAUAUUUAUAUUAUAAUAGGGGAGCCAAAGAAGCUAAAUUGAGAUUUUCUCAAGCUUGUCACCUAUUUAAAGUCUCGAUGAUAGGAAGAAUAAAUUGUGACUAUAACGAAAGGUAGAGAAUUAUAACAUACAAUAAAAGCUAUUUAAAAACAAUCAGGGUAUUAGAUGAUAAUACAAUUCAUUCAUACUAUUCCAAAAUCAAAUAUGAUUAUUUUAGAGGGAUUUUAUUAAUCUGACGGUUUUCAAUAUUUUUAUUUAAUAAACCAAAUAUGACAAAUGGUAUGAAAACUUUCUGAAAAAAAUUAAAUACUGUCAAAAAAUUGAUUUUUAAUCAUUACCAUUAUAAUCAUUGUCAUACUGUUUGAGAGUCAAAAAUCAUGAUAGAGAAAUAUGGAUUGGGGUCAUGUGCUUUACUUCUUGUGUACAAACUAAACUUUUUCUAUGAACAAUUUUAUGGCUUGUGGAAAUUUACAUUUAUUCAGCUCCAUUUCAUUAUAAUCAGAUUGUCGGUGUAUUGAAAUGGAUACUUUUUAACUUAAAAACUUAAUUUUUUUUACUUUUCUAAAACUGAUUUAGACGCACGAUUCGUUAGAAAGGACUAAAACAUAGUGAGAGUACUCUUAAGUAUGCAAAAUAUUCCCUUAUAUUGAUCUGCAACUCUCGAGGUCAAAAACUCCCAGCUUGGGCUCCCCUUCAAUUUACUGUCAAAAAGGAAAAAUAAA